AUGUUCCCAGCCCUGGAGCGCCAGCCGCAAAGACGCGCAGAUCUGCCAAGCUUGAACCCUGAAACAGCUGAGCUCGAAAAGCAACCUUGGGUCGUGGGGGAGAGGGAAUUGACGAUGCAGACUCACCGCGCGAGAUGCCGAGAAUGCGAGGGCCGUGAAGAAGUGCAGACACGCAGGGAUGUACAAGCAGCAAGAGGACAGGCACAAAGCACGAGGGGAACGAGUCGGUUGCCGUUCUCGGAUCUCCUUGAUGCUGCCGGGGCCUGCGCGGCGUGUCAGACGGCUGCGCUGGUCGCUGGACGUCUGCGGCGCGUUGCAAGCGGGCCGAUCAGUCGUUCUGCUUGCGCCGUUGGGCACAGGCUCUAUCGUGGUGAAGUCACCGCGGGCCUCAAUACCAGGGCACUCCUUUCCAGCUUCUUCGCCAGGCAGACCUCCUUCCCGCGGCCUUCACGCUGCCUUCACACGGCCUCACCGGGCGGCAGGGCGAGGCGGCAGGGCGACGAUCGGGCCAGCAUUGCUCACGGCGCAGCUCGCAGUGGCCACGCGGCUGAUGCAGCUGCAGAGGGAUGGGAUUCGUGA